AUGGCUAUAGCUAAUAAUCAUAUAAAUUAUAUGGAAUCUAAUGGAAAACUAAAACCAGUAAUAAUUUUGGAAACACACGAAUUUCCUACAGCUAAGGUAACUUUACGUGAUAAUGACAAAUUGCUUGAGAAAAGUAACAUUUUUCAACUGGACUCAGAAGUUAAAAUCGUUCCUCCAUAUAUAAUAGAUUACAGCGUGUCAUGUAAAAUGAGAUGGCGUGGAAAGACAUUAUAUGACAUUUUUAGCAAAGAAUUUAGGACUAGACCAAUUAACGAAUAUCAAAAAGCUGUUAAUUGUGGUAAGAUAUCUGUUAAUGGAAAACCUAUAAACUCUCUAGAUCAUCAUAUUUUCAAUGGAGAUAUAAUAAGGCACGAAUCUUUGAUGAUUGAAUUACCUGCACCUCUUGAUAAUGUUGUUAUACUUUAUAAUAAUAAACACUUCUUAGCUGUGUACAAACCUUAUGGUAUUCCUUGUCAUCCUCAAGGAAGAUUCCACAAGCUAUCACUGACAAAUAUAGUAAUGAGUAAAUAUUUUAGAAGUGAAACCGAAGUAAUUAUUGAUAACAAGGCAGCAUCAAGAAUAAUUAAUGAUGAUAAAUUAUAUGCUCAUCCAAUAAAUAGACUAGAUCGUGUAACUUCAGGUCUUGUAAUUUUAUCAAAGAAUUGUGAUUCAACAAGACUUUUAUCUAAAGUUAUUAGUAAAUCUCAUAAAUACUAUUUAGCUCAUGUUGAGGGGGAUUUUAGCUCUUUAGAACAUGUAGAUAUAGGUAAGUUAUUUAAAAGUACACAACUAGUUAAAAUACAGAAUUUAGAGAUGGGAUUAAAUAUUAAUUUUGGAAUAAAAUGUGAAGCACCAUUAGAAAUAAUAAAAGAUAGAGUAGGUGAUAGUCUUAUGACUAAAGUAUCGUUUGAAAAUGGAAAAAGUGCCUUGACUUGGUUCUUUCCUUUAAAAAUUGAAUAUUUGUCACAAGAAGAUAGGAAAAAAAUAAAACUUGAUCAAGUGAAUUUUGAAAGUAUCAAUAUUUGUCAUAAGCCUAAUUCUUAUGUUCUUUGUAAACCUGUAACAGGGAGAACUCAUCAAAUACGUGCUCAUUUACAAUAUCUUGGAUUUCCAGUUACUUUGGAUCAUUUAUAUUCACUUAAUAGAAAAGAAUAUAAAUGUAGUGAUAUGAUUCAAUACCCUUAUUUUGGGAAUCCUUAUGUUGUGAAUUAUAGUUUUUCAUUACAAGAUAUUGACUUAAAUGAACAAUUUCUUAGGCCAAGCUAUUCUGUGUAUUCAGACAAUAAUUUCCCUUCAAAUAAUACAGGAAAUAAAGAUAUACAUUUUGGAGGAGGCGGAAUUAUGACAAUUGACAGUAAUAUGAACACAAUAGAUGUUCAAUACCAAUUGGAAUUACCAUUAGGGAUUUGUCUCCACUCUUUACUAUAUGCAAUACCAACUUUUGAAGAUUUUUCAAAAUACCAUAUAAUUAAAUGUGAAAUAUUUCCAAAAUGGGCUAAGUAUAUAUCAGAGAUGAUUAGAGAGUGGAUUCUCUGGAAGAUUGAUUCUCCAAUAGACUUACAGCAGCUCUCAUCUUUCCUCUAA